AUGCAUAAUAGUUUUGCGACGCAUAUCAGCGAAGUGACUUUUGGUCAAGUAUAUGCGAUUUUCGUGCCAUCUUCCUCUGAGUUUAGGUUUCGUGUUUCAACUUCAAUGAAACAUGUUUACUCCCAGAUCGCUGUCGGGCAUGUCUUUGUGGCCGCCAGUGUGAUGGCAGUCAUACGAUACGAUGUUUCUGACACCGUCGUCGCUCUCGUCCUUGUGGCCGUCGCUUUGGCUGCUCCUUCACAGCCUUCUUACGAUUAUUCUCCUCCGGCAACUUAUGACGUAAGCAAUAUUCCGUAUUCUGAAGGUUUCAUACUUAAACCUCCUUAUCAGUGUUACGUAGCUGAGGUCAGCUACGAGGGUGAAGCCCAGUACCCCGAGUACCAUCCUACUCCUGCCUACAAGCCUGCUCCUGCUUACAAGCCUGCCCCAGCCUAUGAACCCGCGCCUACUUACGCCUAA